AUGACAGUCGUGAAUGAAUUGCCACGCGUUAUCUACUGGUUCCAGUUUAGAAUAAGUAUGGCUUUGAUUCACCGCCUCAACCUACUGAUGAUAUUCGUUAUGUUCCAUAUUUCACCAGUCCUCUCCCAAGCACUCAAAGAAGUCGAAUUCUUUUCUUUUGCCGCCGCGGCACCGUCGUCCAUCUGGAAACCGUCGUUGAUCUUCUACGCUGUUCCACUGUUUAUACUCGCUUUGGUGAUGAACAAAACCAUUUCCGGCAACAUUCGUAUGAUCUACGAUCAGUGA